GGCUGAGGCAGAUAAGAAAUACACGCACGUGUUUUUAUGACUUCACGAGUUUUGGUAACAGAUUGCUAUUUUUAGACAGAAUACGUUGUGAAAUCUGCUCUCACUCUUAUAAACACGACUGCGUUUUACUCACUAGAAAAUGUCUCCACUUAAAUCGUCUGUGAAGCUGAGACUAUUGUUCUGAAAAGCGGAAGUUGUUGUAGUCCGUUUUGAUACAGAACGCUAAUGAGCCGUCUCCCUCGUUCACGGUAACUAAAGAUGGAGUCGCCAGAAAACCUGCAUGGUCCAGCAGUCGGUGUCGGGCAGGAUGCUACACCAACCACCGUGGACGUGGACACCGCAGUGUUUCUGCUGGGAGCGGGUGUAACAACCCUCACACACCCGCUGCUGUACGUCAAGCUGCUAAUACAGGUGGGACAUGAGCCUCUUCCCCCGACUGUGGGCACAACUAUGUUUGGAAGGAGAGUCUUAUACCUGCCUGGCUUUUUCUCUUAUGCGCAGCAUAUUGUGAAGGUGGAUGGAAAGAGAGGACUUCUUCGCGGCCUCUCACCACGUAUUGUAUCCAGUGCCAUCUCUACUGUGGUGAGGAGCAAAGUUAAACAGCAGGUAGACGUCCUGUUUAAGAACGGCGAACAGCAGAAUUCACUCAGGAAAGUGGUCAAAGAGACCUCACAUGAGAUGAUCAUCCAGUGCCUGUCCAGAGUAGCCACCCAUCCUUUUCAUGUUAUGUCAGUACGCUGCAUGGCUCAGUUUGUUGGCAGAGAAGUCAAGUAUGGUGGGAUGCUCAGCUGUAUGGUCAAGAUUUUCAAGGAGGAAGGAGUUGCUGGAUUCUAUGUUGGUCUCAUACCGCAUGUCCUGGGAGAGGUUCUGUUUCUGUGGUGUUGUAAUCUCCUGGCUCACUUUAUUAACACCUAUGCUGUGGAUGAAAGUCUCAGUCAAGCCUCCGCAGUGAGAAGCUACACUAAAUUUGUGAUGGGCAUUGCAGUAAGUGUCCUUACAUAUCCAUUCAUGCUGGUUGCUGAUCUUAUGGUGGUAAACAAUUGUGGACUGGCUGCAGGACUUCCUCCUCUGUCACCCGUCUUUAGCUCCUGGCUGCACUGCUGGAAUCACCUGAGCAACAAGGGUCACCUCUUUAGAGGAUCCAGUUUCUUUUUCCGCCGAGUGCCCUUGACCUCCAUCGAGGACUAACAUGGUCAUCGCCACCUUCUGCUCAGAAACAUUUUCCAAAGAUAUUGAUCCCGUCCUUUGUCAUCAGCCUGCUGUAUCCAUCCGGACAGCCACGUGUAGCUGAAGCAGCAGAACUUUUUUUUGAAGUAUAGAAGCACAUUCAUUGUUAUGAUUACACCAGCCUGCACCCCUUUCCUCCCUGCUUCCAAACAAUGCACCAACUAUGGGCACUGUUUUGUUGCUGAGACCCACAAGGACAUUUACAAAUGAUUCUCACAUGAAAUUAUUUAUUUGACUGACUUGCAGUGAGAACAAUGCUUCCAAAUUGCACCAAUAUGUUUGUUGGUACCUCUGCUAUAGUCUGCAGCACUUUAUAUAUCUCUGGUUGUUUUAAAACUUGUCAUUUUGCUUGAUUUUACAUGUUAUUAAUCCACUCCAGUGUUGCAGCUGAACAGAUGAUCUGUUUUCAGUUUCUUUGCAAUUAAAAUUCUCUCUCUUUUUCUUGAUGUUGGUCUUGCAAACUCAGUAAAGAAGUAAUGCUAUUUUUUUAAGUAAAAAAUAUUUUCUUUAAAAAGGUUUGGAGAAAUGCAUGAAAGUCAAGAAGCUCAAGAUAUUAUAUAUGCCAGAGUCUAAUGAAAACAGAGAAAUAUGAUUUUGAAGUCUGUACAAUGUUUUCAUUUUCAUCAGUCAGCCUUUAAACCUUUAAACCUUCCACUCGAGUGGUUAAAAGCCUGUUAACAGUGUGUUCGUUCUGAAAGCAUCCAUGUUCACUCGUCUGACUGAUAAAUGAAUUCUGCUUUACGUUUGUGUCUCCAGUGACAACCCCACCUGCCUGUUUUUAUUGAUAAAAAUAAAAUCUUUGCCACAACA